ACACCCCCGUGUUUAUGUCCGCCCACGGGGGUUGCCUGUCCCUUUAAUUGGCAUGUACCAAGUCCUUCCAGGUCACAUUUCCUCCCUGCAUCCCAGCCGUUUGGAAUCAUUGGCCAAAAGUCCAAGAGGAAGCAAUGUGGAGGCAGCGUUGUAUUUUUGUGGGGAGUUCUGGGCCGACCGGGAGCGAGAGCGCGCUCGGGAGCGAAGCGCGCCAUUGCGGCCCUCCCCGCCACGUGCCGUAGUCCAGUCCCAAGAUGGCGGCCACCAUGAAGAAGGCGGCUGCAGAAGAUGUCAAUGUUACUUUCGAAGAUCAACAAAAGAUAAACAAAUUUGCACGGAAUACAAGUAGAAUCACAGAGCUGAAGGAAGAAAUAGAAGUAAAAAAGAAACAACUCCAAAACCUAGAAGAUGCUUGUGAUGACAUCAUGCUUGCAGAUGAUGACUGCUUAAUGAUACCUUAUCAGAUUGGUGAUGUUUUCAUUAGCCAUUCUCAAGAAGAAACACAAGAAAUGUUAGAAGAAGCAAAGAAAAACUUGCAAGAAGAAAUUGACGCCUUAGAAUCCAGAGUGGAAUCAAUUCAGCGGGUCUUAGCAGAUUUGAAAGUUCAGUUGUAUGCAAAAUUUGGGAGCAACAUAAACCUUGAAGCCGAUGAAAGUUAAACAUUUUAUAAUACUUUUUUAUUUGUUUAAUAAACUUGAAUAUUGUUUAAAAUGAUAAUUUCCCUUCUUCAAAUGACAUGGAAAGCAAAACUUUCUUUUUUUAAAAUUUUCAUUUAUUUAAUGGAAACUUGCCUAUUUUCAUGUCUUGCUUAUUUAUUUUAUAUUUUUAAAAGAAGACAGUAUUCACCUAUGUAUUUUGCAUAACGAUUAUAUCAAGUCUAGGGGCUUUAUGUCAUGUUAUUAAAAUCAGUUAAGCAAUCUUUUAUGUUUCUAUAUUAUUUAGAAUAUUUGUUGUCGCAAUUUUCACGUAAGAAAAUUUAGCGGUUGUGUCA